AAAACCCUGCUGCCACUGGGGCGGCCGAGGCAGCAGCAUUUGGGGGAUGAGGGGAGAGGUUAAUUAUGGCUCCCCCGCCCCCCCCCCGCGCACCCCCACCACAAGAUGUAUCUGACUGUCAGAAGGGGUGACAGAUGAAGACAAAGUACAGGUCGGAUUCAUCCUCGCGGGCCUCGGUUGGAGGGGCGGUCUUCCAUUUGAGGCUCGGGCUCUGCUCGUCCCUCAAGUCGACCCUCGUUCCCCCGCGGGCCAGGGUUGGACUCCUCCUGGACUCCCUCUGCUCAGGCCUGCGCGGCCCAAGGACUCCUCUUCCGAGCCUUCGUGCGACGUUAUUAAAACCCGUCCACUGGAGCAGAGGCGGGGAGGGGCCAGCAGGACUCCUCUCAUUCCAGGCUGUGGGGCUGAACCUGCAGGGCCGCGCGCGGAAGGGGAAACUGAGGCCUCAAGGAUGCAAGGAAGCUGCACUGGAUUAUCCCACAGUGUCUGGAAAUGCCAUCGAGGAGUGUGGAUUGCCCCCCGUGUGACUCUCUCACGGGCCUUUUGCCUGGAGACUGCUCUGCAGAUGGGCGCGGCAGGAUCGAUGGAGACGCCAGAGGGCGCCUUGGUGGGAAACCAAGGCGAAGAACGAGCCAGGGGCGGAUUCCCCCGCAACCGCCGGGACCCAGAGCAGCAGACCUCCUUCUGGUCCCAGUGCUGCACGGUAUGGCCCCCGCCACACCCCUGCUCGGGUUUCCGUGGUCGCCUUGGAAUGCGCUCUAAGUAUCCAACCUGAGCGCACUGUCGGGUGCGACUCCAGGGGCGGCCAGAACUGUCCUCGUGCAAGGUCACAGCAGAUGGAGGCGCCGUGCGGGUCCGCGGAAGGGGCGGCCAAGCCCCCGCGUUGGGGUUCCGGGCUACGCCCCUCCCAGGAGGCCGGGCUCCCUGCGAUGGGCCCCAGAGCAAAAGCUCAGACGCCGAGCCGACAGUCCCUCCCGUGGUGGCGCCAGGCUCCGGGUGGAGCCCAGGAGCUUAGGAGGCCGUCGCCAUCCAUACACAGGAUCUUGGCCUUGCUGACUUAUUCUUUCAUUCACUUAUUUAAUCGUCCAAUAAACAU